AUGCGCCUCUUCCGCGGGCCGAAGCGCAGGGAAGUGACCGGGCCGCGAGCCGUCGCGACGCCGUCUCCGCGCCGAGACGCCGCCGCCGCAGACAUCGCUGACACUACACCGCACGUCUCUCACGACUUCACGCUCGUAACCGCACUGCCAGCCAUGGUUAUGGAGGAUGAUGUCAAGGAAAUGAAGAAAGUGUUUGCUACGUGGGGUCGUCGAAUGGGUAAAAAACUUGAAAUGUUAAAGAAAACCGAUAGUAAAGAAAUAUCGGAGGAAACAAAAUCUAACGAUGAUAUUAUCAAAGAAGAUUGUACUAAUAUUUCCACUGGGCAAUAUAAAAAGAAGCAACACUGGAAAAUGGGACGAAGUAGUUCAGAUUCCACAUCGUUAAAAAAAGACAAUGAUACUGAUUCUAUCAGAAGCGGUUCAAGAGACAGAUCGCCCAGCCCUUUCAAAUCCUUUUUUCAUAGGAUGGGUUCUACAGGAAUGUUAAAUUCAGCUAAAUCUCAAUCAUUAAAUAUGCAUAAAACUCCUGAAAACUAUCCUGUGGCCAAUGGACCAUCGUUAUACCGUAGUUGUUCUACGUCCCAUCUUUCCACUUAUGUAAAAGCUGAUGACCCAUCAGAUGACAUCGAUUUGCAAAAUGCUGAUAAUGAGAGUAAAAGUUCCCCUAAGAAACACAAUGUUUUGUCCGAAGACACUUUGGUCUCAUCGUCAGCCAAAGCAGUUAGCUGUGACAAUAUAACCAAUCUAAAUGACGGGCAAACUAAUAACGGAGCUUCUAAAAAACCAAAUUUUCCUUAUGCGUUCUUAAGAUCAAAAUUAUCAGUAUUGCCAGAAGAAAACAGUAUGGCUUCUCAGCAAAGGACCAGUGUUAUGAGACAAAGUUUAUCUGAAAGAAUUGAUAGAAAAUCACCGAAAUUUCGAAAAGAUAAAAUGUGUUUUACAAAUUCUCGAUCAGAGGAAAGAUAUCAGAGUAGUGACAGUAUAUCUAUUCAUGACGAAAAUAUUCUAUUUAAUAAUGCUUUAAGAAAAGAUUACGACUUCUCACGAAGUUCCAUGAGAAGUAUAAAUGAAAUAGAUGACAAUAUGUAUCAGAUUGGACGCAUGGAUGAUGUACCUCGAAGAUCAUCUAUGAUUUCUCACAGAACACCCUUAGAUUAUGAUCCUAUGCUUAUUCCACGGAACAGAAAUAGUUUACCGGUGUAUGAAUAUAGUUCUGUGCUGGGUUCGCUGCGAGACAUUAAAACCGAAAUACUUCGUCUUCGCAAAGCAUUCAUCAUGCACCAGAACAAGCAGAAGUGCAAACCCAUCGUCUUAGUAAUUAUGUUAGUUCCAAUGAAUCUGGAUAUGAUAGUGAUGGUCGACCCACCGAUGACCACAGUAACCAUUCUCCGCCAGGAUAUUCCUCACAUUUUCAUAAUGGUUCCGGUCGUAAAGAAUGUAUGGAUAUGAAUUAUGAAGGCAAUCAUGGAAAUUUUUCAAGACAAUUUAGUUUAAAUCACAAAAUAAAUUUCGGUCGUGUACAAGUUCCAAUCAGACGAAGUUCUACCCCUUGUGCUUUAUUUCCUGUAGAGAAAAGUAAUUCUUACGAUUACGGAAAUGAAAGUAAGGAUAACAUACACAAAUUUCCUAGUGAUAGUAUAAAAAACAAUAUGUUCGAACAUAUAGAUUCAAAACCACCGCCGCUUCCAAAGAAAACUAUAAAAAAACAACCGUAUGUCUAUAAAACGAUAACCUUAGACGAAAGAGUGCAGACGAGAAAAAUAAAAUUUUUGCACUCUCAAUUGAUCCCUAUUGAACAGUCAUCAAAUCAAGAAAUUAUGGCAGAGCCUCCUACACAAAUGCACCAUGUUUCUGAAACAGACAUUUUAGGUAGAGGGCCUUGCACUAAAAGAUUCAGAAAAAUAAGACUAUUAAAAUCAAGGCUGGACGAGAGUCUUGGUGUUUAUUUAGCACAACACAGGGUAGAUUUUGAUAGCAGCGGUUCAAAUUUUGAAAUUCGGUACAUUAUUGUCAAGUUAGACUUUGACGGUAUAGCUCAUAGAGACGGAAGGCUACGAAUAGGUGAUGAGAUAGUCAAUGUUAAUGGCAGAAUAUUGCGAGGUUUAUCAUCGCUUAAAGAUGUACAGCAUAUAGUUAAUUCUUGUUCGACUGAAGCUACGAUUGAAGAUGGAGCAUUACUACAAAGAUAUCAAGUGGAUCUUGUAAUGGCGCACGAUGAAAUAACCCCUAUAACAUUAAGUAGGAUUAUAAAUAAUCAGCCAUUAGAACAGAAUACUGUCACGCUUCCUUCAUCGAACGUACCCGGACAUAAUAUCUCAGACUGUACACAAACCGUUGCCCUCAAAUCAAAUAACAAUCGAAACACAUUUCCCAACUGAAAACCAAUUUUAUCACAACAAUAUGUGCAAUAGAACCAAAGAACAUGCAACCGAACAGGUAAAUUGUGAUUCCAAUUCAAGAACUGAUCAUCAAAGAAAAUGUGAGGUUGGUAUUCAGGUGAAUAAUGGUCCAAUACUCUCAAACCAAAAGAGUGACGAUGAAAAGUUGCUAGAGCGGCACUGCUAUUCCCAGUCAGCUUCAUUGCAAAACAUUACGAAUAUUGAAAUUUCACUUAGGUCAUCACCAACACCUAGGUCUAAUCAAGGUAAUAACUAUAGACCGAUAUCGUUUCAUACUUCUAGACCUCCAUCAACAGGACCUUACUCCGUCUAUGGUGACAAUGCAACUAAUGAAAUUAAAGAAAAUAAUUUUUCACAUUAUAUAAAACACGUACCCAGACUGUACCAAAACAGAUCAUUUGAAAGCAUUCCUGAACAAUUGAGAAAUAGUAGUCGAAGUAGAUUUUUCAGUAGAGUUGGAUCCCAACGAUGCUCUCCUAGUCCUAGUCCACAUGUAUCGAGGCUACAAGAACAUACAACGGCCUUACAUCAAGAUAACCAUCAACAUGGCGGACACUACGCGCACAGUUCCUUACACAAAGUGGAAUUUUGGAAAGGACAGGGACAUAAAAGCCUUGGUUUCAGUAUUGUGGGUGGAACAGAUUCGCCAAAAGGCCAAAUGGGUAUUUUUGUUAAAACGUAUUUCCAAAUGGACAAGCGGCUGACAAGGGUACCAUCUUUGAAGGUGAUGAGAUAUUAUCUGUAAACAGUGUGCCAACACGUGGACUAAGCCAUGCUGGGGCUAUAUCUCUCUUCAAACAAGUUAAAGAAGGAAAAAUAGAACUGACGCUUUCAAGAAGAAGAGCACCUAGGUCGAGAUCUGUGGAACCUCUCGGCAAUUUCCGCGGCGACGUGAAACGGGAAUAA